CAUCAGUGCGCGCCGCGGCUGAGUUGGGUUGUUUCUGUCCGCCGCUUUAGGACUGAGGCCGCGGCGCGGAAGACUCGCCUGGAACUGUGUGGUUGGAGCGACUCGGGCCCUACCUGCCAUGUCGGAUAGUGCGGAGAGUUCGGCGGAGGCCCACAGCUCUUCUGAGUCCUCCGCUCAAGGCUUCGCUGCUGCCGAGCCGCGGAUCAUCAAAAUCACGGUGAAGACUCCCAAGGAGAAGGAAGAGUUCGCUGUGCCCGAGACCAGUAGCAUCCAACAGUUCAAGGAAGAAAUCUCUAAGCAUUUCAAGUCCCACACUGAUCAACUUGUUUUGAUAUUUGCUGGAAAAAUUUUAAAAGAUCAAGAUACUUUGAUUCAACAUGGGAUUCAUGAUGGACUCACUGUUCACCUGGUCAUCAAAAUGCAAAACAGAUCACAAGACCAUCCAGAUCAACAAACACACACCACUGGCAGUAUUGCUACCACAUCAAUAUCAAGCAGUAAUACCUCAACACCAACUUCAACAAAUAUUAGUUCUUUUGCCUUGGGUGGCCUUGAAGGUUUGACAGGCCUGAGCAGCCUGGGUUUAAAUGCAUCAAACUUUUCAGAGUUGCAAAGUCAGAUGCAACGACAACUUAUGUCCAACCCAGAAAUGAUGGUUCAGAUAAUGGAAAAUCCGUUUGUUCAGAGCAUGCUUUCAAAUCCUGACCUGAUAAGACAGUUAAUUAUGGCUAACCCUCAAAUGCAGCAACUGGUACAGAGAAAUCCAGAAAUCGGUCACAUGCUGAAUAAUCCAGAUAUAAUGAGACAGACACUAGAACUUGCUAGAAACCCUGCAAUGAUGCAGGAAAUGAUGCGAAACCAAGACCGAGCCUUGAGCAACCUUGAAAGCAUACCAGGUGGCUACAAUGCCUUGCGACGUAUGUACACAGAUAUUCAGGAGCCAAUGUUGAACGCAGCUCAGGAACAGUUUGGAGGUAACCCAUUUGCUUCCUUAGUAAGCAAUGAAUCAUCAGGAGGGGACAGUCAGCCAUCUCGUACAGAAAAUAGAAAUCCUUUACCAAAUCCCUGGGCUCCUCAGUCCAGCUCUCAGAAUUCCACAAGUACCAGCACCAGUGGUGAGAACAGUGGCAAUAGUAAUGUCAGAAAUAACACCUCUGCUAGUAUGGGACAGAGCUCAACUAUACCAAAUUUGGGAUCUGGACUAGGAGUUGGUAUGUUCAACACACCAGGAAUGCAGAGCUUGUUCCAGCAGAUAACAGAAAAUCCACAACUUAUGCAAAAUAUGUUGUCUGCACCCUAUAUGAGAAGCAUGAUGCAGUCAUUGAGCCAGAAUCCUGAUCUUGCAAUACAGAUGAUGUUGAAUAAUCCUUUAUUUGCUGGAAAUUCUCAACUUCAGGAGCAAAUGAGACGACAGCUUCCUACCUUCCUUCAACAAAUGCAGAAUCCUGACACAUUAUCAGCUAUGUCAAACCCUAGAGCAAUGCAGGCUUUACUACAGAUUCAGCAGGGCUUGCAGACAUUAGCAAUGGAAGCACCAGGACUUAUACCAGGAUUCAAUCCUGGUUUAGGUGGAUUGGGAAGCACUGGAGCUCCUACAGGGUCCACUGUACCUAGUUCAAUUCCCAGUGAAAAUACAAGCCCAAUAUCAGGGGCCACUGAUCCUGGUCACCAGCAGUUUGUCCAACAGAUGUUGCAGGCACUUGCUGGUGCAAAUGCUCAGCAGUUACAAAAUCCAGAAGUUAGAUUUCAGCAACAACUGGAGCAGCUGAGUGCAAUGGGCUUUUUGAACCAUGAAGCAAACUUACAAGCUCUAAUAGCAACAGGAGGAGAUAUCAGUGCGGCUAUUGAAAGACUGCUUGGUGCUCAGCUUUCAUAGCACUAUUUCUUUAACUUGAAAAAAUGUAAUUUAUUUUUGAUAACAGCUCUUAAAUCUUUAAAACAGUUGCUUUAUUUCAUUCUGACUCUUGUGUUUGCCUUGUUAUAACUAAGUCAUGCAUUUUAAGGUCAAGUGUAGUAGUUUUCUUCAAAUAGGGAAUUGAUGCAUUUUCACUCAGUUAUUGUGUGCAUCACUUUUGUUCUUCAUUAUUUCUUAAUUUUUUUUAACAAUAUCAGCUUUCACAGUUGAUUGAGCAGGUUUUGUUAAACUUGCAACUGUCCAAUUUAUUUACUACUAAACCAUUAACCUUCAGUAGUAAUUUAUGUAGGAUACAAAUUCAAAAGGAAACAAUUGAAAGCUAUAAUAUGUGGGUACCAGUGCUGCUUACGGUGAUUUAGGCAUGUAUUUUUUCUGCUAGAAAAUUGCUGUAAGAUUUAUACCACUUUGAGUAAUCUACCAUUUUUGCUUUUAUUUGUAUGAAGUAUAAACACGGCAUAUACAAUGGAGACAUCUCAUUUAUAUAAAUUUACACAUUGCAAUAGAAUGAAAUUUUAAGUAACCAAAAAAGGCCAGGGAAAAGAAAAAGUAGUAAGACAGGGGGUUUAGUGUAGAAUCUUCCAGCAUAUUAUGUAAACAACUCAGAAAAAAUGCUUA